AUGGUAGACACGAUUGACAGUCUCAAUUUUCUGGCGGAGGUGCGAAGUUGCCAGAGUAAUGUUGAGGAUGACCGGCUGAUGAGUGCGGCAGAGGCUGCCCGGAUCUCCGGCACGUUAACACCUCUGAUCAAGGAGGAGCUGUGGUGCGUGAUCCAAUCCCGGCGGUUAUCCCAGGGGUGUGAGGAGCUCGUCAUUAAUCAUCAGACAGACUCCCCAAACCAUGAUAUCAUAAGCAUGUGCGAUCUCAAAAAGCGGUGUUCCCGUAUGGAACAGAACAGACGGGCAGCUCGGAAAUACCGCCAAAAGAAGAAAGAGGAGGCCCAUUUAAUUAAACAAGAGACUACACAACUCUUGACUGUCAAUGCACGACUGAAAGCUGAACUUGCCGAAUUGCAGACCGAAAAGCAGCACUUACAAAGGAUAAUUCUUGAACAUCUUCGCAUCUGUCCACUUGGUCCAAACAAGUCCCAAUCUCCACUUGGCUUACAACAGACUUUAUGCCCCACUCUUUCGUAA